CCUCCUCCCCUAGCACUUCCCGGAGCACCUGGACCACUUUGCGGAGAACAUGGAGGACUUCUCCAACGAUCUGUUCAGCAGUUUCUUCGAUGACCCCGUGCUGGACGAGAAGAGCCCUCUACUGGACAUGGAACUGGACUCCCCCACACCAGGCAUCCAGGCUGAGCACAGCUACUCCCUGAGCGGUGACUCGGCGCCUCAGAGCCCCCUUGUGCCCAUCAAGAUGGAGGACACCACCCAAGACGUGGAACAUGGAGCAUGGGUGCUGGGACACAAACUGUGCUCCGUCAUGGUGAAGCAGGAGCAGAGCCCGGAGCUGCCCGUGGACCCUCUGGCCGCCUCCUCGGCCAUGGCCGCUGCGGCGGCCAUGGCCACCACGCCACUGCUGGGCCUCAGCCCCCUGUCCAGGCUGCCCGUCCCCCACCAGGCCCCAGGAGAGAUGACUCAGCUGCCAGUGAUCAAAGCAGAGCCCCAGGAGGUGAAUCAGUUCCUCAAAGUGACACCAGAGGACCUGGUGCAGAUGCCUCUGACGCCCCCCAGCAGCCACGGCAGCGACAGUGACGGCUCCCAGAGUCCCCGCUCUCUGCCCCCCUCCAGCCCUGUCCGGCCCAUGGCCCGCUCCUCCACGGCCAUCUCCACCUCCCCCCUUCUCACCGCCCCUCACAAAUUACAGGGGACAUCAGGGCCACUGCUCCUGACAGAGGAGGAGAAACGCACCCUGAUUGCUGAGGGCUACCCCAUCCCCACGAAACUCCCCCUCACCAAAGCCGAAGAAAAGGCCUUAAAGAGGGUCCGGAGAAAAAUCAAGAAUAAGAUCUCGGCCCAGGAGAGCCGCCGUAAGAAGAAGGAGUACGUGGAAUGUCUAGAAAAGAAGGUGGAGACAUUUACGUCAGAGAACAACGAACUGUGGAAGAAGGUAGAGACCCUGGAGAAUGCCAACAGGACCCUGCUCCAGCAGCUGCAGAAACUCCAGACUCUGGUCACCAACAAGAUCUCAAGACCUUACAAGAUGGCUGCCACCCAGACGGGGACCUGCCUCAUGGUGGCAGCCUUGUGCUUCGUUCUGGUGCUGGGCUCCCUUGUGCCCUGCCUCCCUGAGUUCUCCUCCAGCUCCCAGACUGUGAAGGAAGACCGCAUGGCCGCUGACAGCGUCUACACAGCCAGUCAGAUGCCCUCCCGGAGCCUCCUGUUCUACGACGAGGGGGCAGGCUCGUGGGAGGAGGGCCGCAGUGCCCUCCUGCCUGUGGAGCCCCCAGACAGCUGGGAAAUCAAGCCGGGGGGCCCGGCUGAGCAGCGGCCCCAGGACCACCUGCAGCAUGACCACCUGGACAGCACCCACGAGACCACCAAGUACCUGAGUGAGGCCUGGCCAAAAGACGUUGGUGGAAACGGCACCAGCCCCGACUUCUCUCACCCCAAGGAGUGGUUCCGUGAGAGGGAUCUGGGCCCCAAUACCACCAUCAAACUCUCCUAGGCCGCGCCAAGACCCAGGACACAGGACGUACCCUCUGGCACCCAGAAGAGGGGUUGUCUUGCUCUGUAACCCGGAUCCAGCUUGUCCCCCUGCCCCCUGGGCUCCCAUCCCAGGAGAAAGCGUUCCACUUCUCCCCAGCCCUUCUUUGCCCCACUCUUUCCCAGGGCCUCUCCUUUCCCCACCACAUUUGGACUGUUUGUUCCCUUGGGCCGACCACUCUGUUCUCACCCCUCCCUCCCACAGCCAUCCGUCCUUCUCAGAUAAACCACUCACUGGGCCAACUCCCUCCUUUCUCAUAAUGACCAACACGACCACUGCCUCCCUGCUCCCCCCACAGACACACACAUCCACACACCGACACACACCGCCCCCCGCCCAGCCCCACUGUACAGAGACCAAGAACAGAAAUUGUUUGUAAAUAAUGAACCUUAUUUUUUAUUAUUGCCAAUCCCCUAAGAUAUUGUAUUUUACAAGUCUCCAUCCUCCCUUCACCCCUCCCUUGUUUUAUAUUUUAUGAAGUUAGUGCGGGCUUUGCUGUUCCCUGGCCCUCACCUGGCCUCCCCCUGCCGCAGCCCAAGCCGCUGGGCCUUUUUAAUUGCCAGACUGCUUCCUCCAUGAGCUGAGCACAUGCUUUAAGAAGGCAAAAGUAAAAAAAAAAAAAAAGAUGCAGCAUCAA